AUGUCCGUGGAAGAAAUCGAGGAGGUGAUCGAUCGGAAUCAAACGUUCGAGAUAGACAGAGUGGUCCUGAGGAAUCUCACGCAGAGUUAUUCGGACGGCCUGCUGUUGAAGUUCUUCAACUUCACGCAGCACUAUGUCAACGCGACGCAGGAAAUCGACUCUUUCUACUUCUACCAGACGGGACAAUUCACGGUCUUAUGCCUGCUGUUCUCGAUGAUAGUCGUGGGUAAUAUCGCGGUGCUAGUCGGCCUCCUGUGGGGGAAACGGCGUAAAACGCGGAUGGAUUUUUUUAUCAAACAGCUUGCUUUUGCUGAUUUAUUGGUGGGUUUGAUAUCCGUUACCACGGAUAUUAUUUCGAGAGCGACGGUGAUCUGGCACGCGGGCGACGCAGCCUGCAAACUGAUAAGGUACAUGCAGAUCGUCGUUACGUAUAGCUCUACGUACGUACUCGUCGCAUUGUCGAUCGACAGAUACGACGCUAUCACCAGACCAAUGAAUUUCACCGGCAGAUGGUGGAGAGCCAGAGCCCUGGUGGUUGCUGCUUGGAGCCUGUCUGCAUUGUUUGGCACGCCGGUCGCUUUCCUGUUCGAGGAGAGGCUCGUAGAGGGGAAGAUACAAUGCUGGAUAGAACUGAGUCCGACGCAGUGGAAGAUCUACCUGAGCCUGGUCAGCGUUACCCUCUUUAUAGUCCCUACUCUGAUAAUAGGGGGCUGUUAUGCUGUGAUCGUUGCGUCCUCCAGAGGACUCAUUCCUAGGGCCAAAGUUAAGACGGUCAAAAUGACCCUCGUUAUAGUGUGCGUAUUCAUUCUAUGCUGGAGUCCGUACAUAGUGUUCAAUCUCCUGCAAGUUUACGGCUACGUACCAAGGACCCAGACGAACAUAGCUGUGGCUACAUUCAUUCAAAGCUUGACACCUCUGAAUUCUGCCGCCAAUCCGAUUAUAUACUGUCUCUUCAGCACGUCGUUUUGUAAAACAGUACGGAACAUACGGAUCUCGUGGGUAUCCGGAUGGUGCGCGACCAAUCCUCACCAUUGCUUCGGCACCGGUGCACCAAACAGCAGCACCAGGACGACUGUGACGACGUCAUUGACGGCCCAGUCCUCGCGAAGAAGCGGCCACAUUGCGAUGUUACACUCCACCCCUAGGAAACGGGUGAUGGUGUCUCUGGUGUAA